AUGGCAUGGGAAUAUGGAAAUGUUGUGUUAGCACUUCAUAUGCAUACCCCUGUUGAUAUGCAGUAUUCCCAAACAUUCUAUGUUGCCCUCCAUGAGAAUGUUCUGAUUUUGACGGGGGUAUAUCUUGCUGAGAGGCUUAAUGGUUUCUUGGGUGACAAUUGGAAAAGCUUUGCAGGCCAGAAUUAUUUUGACCCCCAUGGACUCUUUCUCUCAGUGCUCUGGUCAGGGCCUCUUCUGGUCAUGGCAAUCAUAAUCUUGGUUAACACCCUCUUUGCUUUAUGUCAACUGAUUGUUCGGUGGAAGAGAGCAGAGCUCAGACAGCGUGCAAGAGAAGCUCGCAAUAAACAGGAAUGA